CAACACCGGCUGGAAAAUAAAAAUGGCUACCACUGUGUGCUUGUUAUUGUUCGUGGAAUUUUAAUAAUUACGAAGUUUUUUGUACAAAAUAAACAGGAGAAACGCAUCGCUUCAGCGCCAACAAAAGGCAGAAAAGCAAGCGCGAAUCUUUCGGAACGAUCAAGUGCGUUUAUUGAGUGCCCGCAGACGAGCGAACCGUGUGAAAUUAAGCCCCCGAAAAUCGGCUGCCCGAAUGCGUGAAAAAUUUUCCACCAGCUCUGAAAAAGCAUUAUUAUUGGGCAAACGAAUGUGAAAUGUAUAAAAGAGGAGGCCCAAGUACUUUCGAUUUGCCCUGAACAAUAAUCUUAAAGCGGGCAAACGUGAUUUCCAGCAGGAAAAGCGCUUAAAAAGUGACGCAGGAAAAUCCGUAUCCGCGCCCCGCACGUGUGUGUGUGAGUGUGUGUGUUGCAGUGCGUUUGUGUUGGUGAGGCUACUACUAAAAAAGUAAAAAGCAAAAAGAAGAAAAAAAAAGUGGAAAAUGCCCAAAAACAAAGUCGAAGAGGUUAAAAACUAGUGGGGAAAGAUCGAAAGACAAUAAAUCCAAAACCAUCGACAGUGUUGUGCUUAAAAUGCAAUUAACCCAAUGCAAAGGACGCCACGGCGGUCAAUCGAAAGCUAAAUGCGAGAAUUGAGCAGCGUUCUACCAAUUAAACCUACGACGCGUGCGAUUGUCGUGUGAUGAUAUGCCACUUAAACAGCAGCUUGAACCGUCACUGGUGCGGAUAUUGGUCUCGCUACCCUGGGAUGCAGCGCAACGGCUGCGCCAGCUGGCCAACGAUGGGAAUCCCGAGCUGCGCGCCCUCAACAUUCAGUCCGUGCAAUUUGAGGGCGAUUCUGUGAUAACUUUGAAAGUUGGUGGACAAGAUAUUAAGAUAACCAAGGAUAAUGUAAACGAGACACUCGAGGCGGCUGGCUCGCUUUCCGGCAGCAAAAGUGGUCUGUUGCCUGCGGGAUUCGAUGGCCCCAGUACAAGCAAGGCGGCAUCCGCCUAUUUGCAACAGCAUCAGAGAAUCCUGCAGCUGCCCCUGAACGAUGCAAUCUCACUCCAGCAAAGAAGAGCAGCGGGGGCGGCGGGUCUUGGCCUCCAGAAGAUGCCCCUUCAGCAGCAGCAGCCGCAACCGCAACAACCGGGGCAGCAACAGCAGGUGGCCGUCACUCCCGCCGUCUUCAAAUCCCCCAAUACCGUGUGUCCGAUGGAGGGCAAGGUUCCGUUGCUGUUGCCCUCGCCCUCUGCCACGCGGGACUUCCCCUUCGAGAGCAUGCGACAGGCGAGAGUACUGCAAGGUCGGGAGACGGGCGGUCUGGGUCCGCCACUGCCGCCACCGCCUCCUCCGCCGAAUGUAACCCUCAAGGUGCUGAAGACGCAACCACAACAGGCACCGCAGAAUGGGGAACUGACGCCCACAACGCCAACGCCGAGUACAACUCCAACGCCGCCGGGCAGCAAAUCUCAGUUCAUCCAGCCACCGCCGCCGCCAUAUCCGGGAUUGGGAGCUGCCUCCGCGACCGGCAGCAGCGUCAGUUCACCCAUUGCCAUAGCGGGCGCCAGUGCCAAGCCAGCGAUUGUGACGGCACCCAGCCAGCUGAACCAUCCGCUCGGGCAUCCGCCGCUGCCGACGGCUACGUCGACUGGCAGCAAUAACAUUGCCAUAUCGUCGCCGCUGCUGGUGAACCUGCUGCAGAACGACGGCAAUGCCAUGUCGAAUCCGAACCAGCUCAAGUCGCCGCAGCAGCAACAGCAAUCGCCGCUGAUUGGCAUGAGUCCCAAUGGAGCGCAGAUGAUGAACUCCCCGAUGCGAUCCGCCGGUCCAGCGACGCCCAGCGAUUUUCUUAUGGGCGAUGUGCUGAGUCCGGUGGUGCCUUCCUCACCCACAACGCCUCAGGCGACGGCUACUUCUGCUUGCCCGCCGCCCGUGGUGAUGCGGACUCUGCAGCAGCAGCAGCAGGCCAUGCUUAGUCCCAGCGGCAAUGGCAACCUUAUGUAUACUCAGCAACAACAGCAGGUUCAGCAGCAGCAACAACAACAACAGCAACAGCAGCAAGGACCACAACAUCGCUUUCAACAGCAGGCUGUGGCUUUGCGACAGCAGCAACAGCAACUUCAACGCCAACAGCAAAUGCGAUUCAUGCAGCCACAGCAGCAGCAAUUACAGGGCCAGCCGCAACCACAGCAGCAGUUUCAGCCUGCACCUGAUUGCUUCAACAACAUGGGCAUGAAUCCCAUGCAACAGCAACCGAUAAGACAUCAAUUGAGACCUGGCGGACUGCCGCUGGCCCCGCCACCACCUCAUCCUCAACAACAGCAGCAGCAGCAGCGUCUUAUGAGCCUGUCCAUGCCGCAAGCGUCACCGCAACAGCAAUUCAUGAGCGGUGCCUCGCCGCAUGGACCCGCACUCUCGCCCGCCUCCAGCCACCAUUCGAUGCACAGUCCGCUGAUGGCCAAUCACCAGGCACAGCAGCAGCAGCAACAGUCGCAAAUGAUGUCGCCUGCUUCUACGCCUGGAUCCUCCGCUCCCAGCGAACUGGCGGUACAGCAUAUGCCAGCCGCUCACCAUGUACCUGCAGCGCCGCCACCGGAUUACAAUCAGGCGGCAGCCAACUCCCGCUGGCCGUUGGCGGGGAUCAAUAAGCCGAUGGACUCGGCCACCAAGAGCAGUUUCCAGGAGUUUACGCGCUACCAGAUGCAGUACAAUCUGCAGCAGCAACAGCAACAAGUCAAUUUGCCGGGACAGCCGCAACAGCAGCAGCCACAACCGCAGCAGCAGCAGGCCCAGCAGCAACAGCAACAGUUGCCUCCCCCAGCACUGCCGACACUGCAGCAACAGCAGGGACAAGUACAACAGCCACAAGUUGGAGGUCAAGCUCAAGGUCAAGUGGAUUCGCUGAUAUCGCUUUCCGUGCUGGAUGCUCUGACCACCAACGAUUUGGACGCAUUGCUGCCAACUCUCAACUGUGAUCUGGACUCGACGCUGAGUUUGGAAGAUAAAAACGAGCUGGAGUCGCUGUUGCAGGACGCCAAGGAUCUGGACUUGGAUCUGAUCGAAGACAAUCUAUCGGCAGUGGACAUGGAUGUGCGGGAUGCGCUCAACACGUUGCAAGAGGCGCCGCUGGAUCAGCAGCAGCAGCAGCAAACGGUGAUGCCUCCCCAACAGCAGACGCAGCAAAUGCUGCAAAUGCCUUACCAGCAACAACAACAGCAGCAGCAACCACAACAGCAGCUGCAGCAGCAACUGAUCAUGCAACAGCAGCAGCAGCAGAGGCAGCAACAACAAUUGCCGCAAAUGCAACAGCGCCAGCAGCAACAGGUGCAGCGGCAAAUGCAACUGCAACAGCAGCAGCAGCUUCAACAGCAGUUGCAGAUGGUGCAACGCCAGCAACAACAACAGCAGCCGCAGCAGCAACCACAACUGCAAGUGCAGCAUGUGCAGCAGCAACAGAGACCGCCCCAAAAGCAAUUCAUCAUCAAUCCGCACACCGGGGAUAUGGAACCCAUGGCCAGCGAUGACAGCGAAACUGAGGCCGAGGAGGAAACGGCACAGCCACAGUUUCGCAACAGCAACAUGUCCGGUGGAUUGGGCAGCUUCUGCUUCAAUCCCGCCAACGAUAUGCUUCUGCCCAACAAUCUCUUCUCCGAGGAGGACUCGAAUUCGGCGCAGCAGCAUCCGCUGGGAAUUGGUAGUGAUCAGGAGAGAUCGCGAGAUUCCCUGGCGUCCAACAAAUCAGCCACAAGCAGAGCAAGGAAAACGCCAGUCUCGAAAGCGAAUCACAGCAUUGCCGGUGCGGGAGACAAUUCGCCGCGGUCAAGCAACAGUUCGCCUUUGGUUGGCCUGAAUUCGCCGCAAUCCGUGACAGCCAGUGGAGCUGGAGGAGCGCCCAGCAAGAAGGCCAAGCCGAAUCUGCUGCGCGGAAAGCUGCAGCAGGGCGUUAAGGAGCGCAAGGCCAAGGAUCCAACGGCCACGCCGAAACCGAAAAGAGAGCGGGCGAAGGGCAAUGCCAAGACGAAAGCGGCCGAGGAGAAGAUAAAGCUGCGAUUGAAGCUGGACAGGGUGGAUAAUUUGCCGACAACCGGCUACGAAGGGCAGAUAGUUGUAAAUCAGCAGCAACAACAGCAGCCGCAGCAGACAAUAUUAAAUAAAAUAGUUAAUAAUCACAUACAGCAGCUGCCUAUGCAGACACAGUUGUUGACUUUGCCCACACAACAACAACAGCAACAGCAGCAGCAGCAGCAACCACAGUUGCAGCAAACUCAAAUGCAGCUACCACAACAACAACAGCAGCAACAGCAACCUUCUCAGCUUCAACAGCAGCAGCAACAACCACAGCAGCAGCAGCAACAACCACAGCAGCAGCAGCAGCAACAACAACAACAGCAGCAGCAACAGCCUCUCCAACAGCAGCAGCAACACCAUCCAGUCUACAGCAACUUUCAACAGAAUCAGCAGCAGCAGCAACAGCAACAAAGUGUUCCUGGUCUCAACGAACCGCGUGUGCCUCCCCUGCAGAUUCGAUUGCGGGGUAAGAACCAUGUUGUGGUCAAGAACACGCGCAAGGAUCGAAAGAAGGGCCAAAAUCAGGAGGCCAACGUUGACGAGCGCCAGCUGAAGCGCAGCUACAGCGAUCAGCCGCCGCAACAACUGCUGAUGGACACGGUGACGGACAACAAGCAGGCCAAGCUGACGCCUCCGCCGCAUGUCAACGGAUUGCCCAUACUGAUACAGAAGACGACGGCAACGGUGGCACCGCCACAAAUGCAGCAACAACUGCAAACCGGAGGAGCCACCACGACGAAGACCACGACCAUUGUGGCGGGCAAGAAUGGGCUGACGAUCAGUGCGAUUGUGGAGGCGCACAAGGCUCAGGCACAAGCGCAGGCCCAAUCCCUCAGCGAUCCGCAGCUGAUUGUCGGUUCCACGAACACGGGAACAACGCCGACGACGACGACGACGUUGCAGCAGCAGCAGCUAAGCAAGAUAGCCACCUCGUUGCCCAGCAGCAUAACCCUGAGUGCCAUUAACAGCAACAAUAAUAACAACAACGUGAACAGCGGUAACAACAACAAUCGCCUGUUGACGAUGAAGAAUCCGAUUAAGACUGCCGCCACCAUAACGCCCAUUGUGGGUGGCAAGCCGAUGACAAAAAACCAUAAGCCGCCGCCAUACAUCACAGCCGUGCAACAGCUGCAGCUGCAGAAGCAACAGCAGCAGCAACAACAGCAGCAACAACAACAGCAGCAGCAACAACAGCAGCAGCAACAGCAGCGACAACUGGCGGCGGCCGUAACCAUGUUGCCCAGUGCGACCACCCUGAAGCGUGUGGAGAUCACAAAGGUCACGCCGCAGGUGACGGCAGAGCAGGCUCCCAGCAUAAAUCCAUCCCCAGUGGCAACGGCAGCGACGGCGGCAACAAUAACCACCUCGUCGACGCCCACUGCGCAAACAACUCAGCUGAUCUGUGAUAGAAAGUUGCCAGUGGCCAUGGCGCCGAUGACCACCGUCAACAAUGUGGUGGUGGCCACCGUUAAUUCCUCCUCCGUCUCCUCCUCCUCCGCCUCCGCAACACUUUCAACCCUAUCCUCGGUGUCGACGGCCUCCUCCUCGGCGUCCAUAAUCACCACGACCUCUACCUCAUCGCCGGCUGCGUUGCCCAGCACAUUGCGCAACUCGCCCGCCAGCAAUGGGAGUGGAACACCCGGCCACGGGAACAAUGGUGGUGGCGAGGACAGCGGCAUCGAGUCCAUGGAUGCGCUCUCCGAGAAGAGCCCCCAUCAGCUCUCCUCAAGCAGUCCCAUUCAGGUGAGCAAGGCGGCGGUGACGAUGGUGCAACAACAACAGCAGCAACAGCAGACGACGACGAGCACCAUGGUCACGACAACAGCGACGACGGUGAUACCAGCAGUGAUUACAACCAGUUCAACGCCAACUGGAGUCACUGGAGCCACUGCAACCGGAGCAGCAACUCUGACCGGAGCGAGUUCCCUGCAACAGCAGCAGAAGCAGCAGGCGGAUGACGAAAUCGAGAAGGCUUUGGCCAAGAUGGAGGGCGACUUUCCCGAGGACCUCGAGGAUAUCGUCUCCUCGAUGAUCAAGGAGUCCAGCGAGUAUGGCCGUGCCGGACGUGAUUUCCUCGACAGCCUGGAGAAAUCGCUGCCGCCGGCGACGGUUGCCACGGUUUCGGUGACGGCAACCACGAACACAAGUAGCAUAGGCAGUAGCGUCAAGUUGAAUGGCGAACACCAUAUACUCGAACACGAUGAUCUCAUCAAGAAACUCAAUCAAGAGAGCAAGCAACCACAACAGCCGGUGGUCAAGGUGAAGCUGGAGGAAUUGCCGCCGCUGCUGACGAUCAAGAAGGAGCCGGCGAUCAAGCCAGUUGGGGGUGGACUAAAAGUCGAAGCCAAGGUGGAGGUGAAAGCCGAGCCGAAAGCGGAACCCAAGCAGGAGGAUAAGGUGCAGGAGAAACCCCAAAGCGAGGCCUCCCUGCAACCGAUUUCGAUUGAGAUACCCGCCCAAGCGGAUGGUGAAACGCCGAGGAUUAGGACGAGGGCCAGCAGUCGCCUGGAGAGUCCACUGGAUGCACCGAAAGCGAGUCCGGAUGCGUCUGCAGUCAAUGCGGCAGCCACCACCCCGGCAGGAAAUCCUCCUGGCACCGCCAAAUCCCUAUCCCGCGCCUCAUCCUCCACUGCAAGUCCUCGAGUGGUUACACCCACGCCCAACCACAAUAACAACAACAACAAGCGACGGCGUCAGGAAUCCGAGUGCGGGAGCAGUAACGAUGGCGCCGAUCUGGGCGAGAACAGCAUCAAGCGUCCGCGGGUGAGCAGUGGCAACAAUGGAAACGGGACCACCGCCACUCCGAAUGCAACGGAAGCCAAUGCAGAACACACUGCUGGCGCCGGGUUGCCCAAAAAGAUCGAGAUCGAGUCCUCCGACUCGGAUGAGCCGCUGAUCGAGGUGGCCGGCAAGGUGCGGAACUCGAAGCAGGCGCAAGUGGAGGCGGCCGACGCGGCAGCAGCAGCGGCAGUGGAGAAGCACAUGACGCGGCGCAAUGCACAGCAGCUACAACCACCACAAAACAAAGCGGCCAGCAAUCAUACCCAGUCCACCACUCCUUCACUCGGAACACCGAGGACAGGCAAGGCUCAAGCGUCAGUUGUUAACGCCACCGCUGCCAGCACCAACCACAAUAGCAGUCCCAGUGCCGUAUCAACGACAGUAACCACCACAACCAUGCCAGGUGGAGCUGUGGUGACCACCACCAGCCAAACGAACAGCAGCACGAGCGUGGUGCACGCCACACGAGGAGCCACCGCGGCGGCGGCCAGCACGACCAACAACAACGUCAAUUCGGCCAGUUCGCCAACGGACGAGAAGAUCGGCACCCGGAGGAGCGUGCGCGCUAGUGCAGCGGCCAACAAGAUCAUCUACAGUCGCAGCAAUGCAGCCGCAGCUGCUGCAGCAGCCGCCGCCGCGGCAGAGCCGAAGGGAACACCUGGCAAGGCGGCAGCAGCAGUCGGUGGCAACAGCGCCAGCGGCAAUGUGGAGAGCGUUGCGGAAGCCAGACGAAAGACACGCAGUGCUGUCAUUGGUGAGUCCAUGUUGACCGAGGGACGCCGGAGAAGAACGUCGCGUGACUACAAGUGACCAGAGUUUUGCGCCUUGGCUAAAGGCUUGAACCAUCCGAGCGAUGCGCACGAAGACGAUCUGCUGCAGCUGUUCGAAGACUUUGAGCAGCAGCAGCAGCAGCCGCCGCAUCAGCAACAGCCGCAGCAGCAACACCAUCAGCAGCAACAGCAACAGCUGGAGAUGGGCAGCAGCAGCUUUCCUUUAGCCCAGGCGCAGGACGAGGACGGUGAUGGUGACGGUGAUGAGGCGAUGGUGGCCACCGAGUACGAGAAUCUGGCAAUCUCGCGAGCAGCCGGCGGCUACAUGGAGGAGGCCGACGAUCACCUACUGUCCUACCACAGCAGCAGCAGUGCCGCCGACGUCGAGGUGGACGUGGACGAGGUGCUGAUGCCGGAGCUGGCCAAUGCCACGGCCCUGGACUGCGGCAACUUUGUCGACUACGAUGAGUUCAACCUGUGUCUGAACAACAUACUCAGCGAGGAGGAUGACAGCGGCAGUGGAGGAGGUGGCGGCGGAGGCGGUGCCAUGACCAGCAAACACCAGCACACCUGGCGCGAUUCCGGCGACGUGCUGAACAUCGUGCAGCUGAACAAUGAUUUGGGAUUGAGUUUCCAGGAGUUCGCCAGCGAGGCGACGACGGCGGAUGAACAGCGAUCCGCCAGCAGCAGCUCGCCGCAGCUGGCGUAGUCGGCGAAGUCGGUUCACGAACGAACGGACGAAACGGAUGGCUACUUGUAUAUAUCUCACGCACUGAUACCGAACGCUUUGGUUUGUAGUUCUUAGUCCUAGUUUCCGUUGAGGAUUUUUUGUAUAGUUAGUGGUAGCCACAAGUUGCAAUAAUGUUGCGUCUCAUAGCGAGCAACAUCACACACACAAACACACACACACCCAAACACCCCGCAGACGGACGGUUGCAAGCGCCGAUUAACGCCUUCGUUUACACUUUGUUUUCUGCCCCGCCAAAGUCCGAGUUUAUCCGCCACCAGAUAGCCAGCCUCAUCUCAUCUGGCACUGCUGCGACUCCCCAAGAAUCCACCCAUUGGAAAUGAUUUGCUAGUCAAGUGAAAACAGGCAAUUUAAUGUAUAGCUCAGAAGAUGAAAUUUGAACAAAUUAGUUGAGUACGUAUUUUUUCGAGAAGCUCCCAUAAACACUAACGUAGAAUAGUUGGCUAAAACUGAAAAGAAUCAACAUCUCCAAACCCCCACGCGAACACACUACGAGUAUCUCACGCAUGCAUAGUUUAUUUUUUUGAAAAUCUUAUUAUUAUUUCCAUGGACCGCUCUGUAAAUAUUUGGAUUCUUCGCGAUGCAACAUGAACACAUUUCUAGCUUUAGGUUGUCUUACUUUUACGCGCUGCGCCCAGUCGAAAGUCUAUAAGAAGCUGAUCCGCUGGAUCGAGCAGAUCAGAGCAGACCGCACGUUUACUUUAGGUUUUCUACUAUUUUUUUAAAAAGCUCUGUUUCAUUUUUUGUUAUUUACGCAACGCUAAAACAUUUUACAAUGCAUUUUCAAAGGGAAUUCAAUAAAUAGGUUCUGUAAGCUUUUGAAGAUCUAGACAAUGUUUUCGAAAGUCGAAAAUUAGCAUACAAAUGGAGAGGCGCCGAAGUGGGGGAGUCCGCGAUGCAGUUCCUCCUUCUUCGGUCGUUUAUCCUCAGGGCAGGCGCAUUGUCUCCUCUAGUACUUCCUCUGCAUCUGCUGCUUCUGCCCCCCCGCGCUUCACCUACUCCUCAUCCUUCUCCCUCUACUUACUGCUUCAUCCUCGUCCGAUCCCCGGGCGCCUAGCGCCUGAAGCCGAACUGGAAGUACUGCUGCUGCAUCCGGCCCUAAAUCUAAACCUAUCUAUCUAUAGUUGAUCCCGUUGCCCCAUUUAACAUAUGAAUACAGAAUACAGUACAUACAGAUAUAGCGUAUUAGUUUCCGUAAGCUUGCGUUGUUUCGAAAAUUUGUUUUUUAGUUUUAAUUGCUCUAGCCUAAGGACAGUAAUCUUAAAGCGAAUUCUUUACCAACAAUAUAUGCACAUGGAAACCUAUGCAAUAAGUUAGUCAAAAAUGUAAAAAGGCCAAGCACCACAAAAAUGGAAAAACAAAAAAAAAAAAAAAAAGAACACAAAAAAUACAAAACACAGAUGGAAAAAUAUAAUGAGAGGAGAGUGGAGAAUAUUGAGAAUCAGUCGCCUAGAAUUUGUCGUUUUGCAAAGUGAAAAGAACUAUAUAAUGUUAUAUAUUUUGCAUAUGCAAAACACACAAGAAAAGGGGAUAAAGUAAAAAAAAAAAAAAACCACACAAACAAAAAGUUGUAUUGUAUAUAAGGCAGGCUCUAUUUUUGCUAAAUGUUAUUUGAACAAAUAGGGGAAAACAAAGAGUAAAGUAAUUGAAGCAGAGCAAAGGCAAAGCGCUAGACAAAACACAAAACAACAUUAUAUAUUGUUCAAUAUUAUUAUUACCUUAUAUAUAUAUUGUAUGAUUGCUACAUAAAAUAAUUCUUUUGAUACUUUGUACAUGUUUACUUUAAAGCAAGGCAAAACAUAAGCGUAUGUAAAACCCAGACCCCUAGCAUAACUUGCAUAUAUUCAUAUAGAACCGCUAAACUAAACGUAUAUAGAACCCGGAUCCGGACCCAUAAUUGCAUACCACAACCACACCAUCCACGGCCCCCGUAAAUAAUAAACGCAAAGGCGAAAAUUGAAGCAUA